AUGCUCCUCCUCGACUACCAGAAUGUCCUCAUCCAAUCCCUCCUGACCGAGCGCUUCUCAGGCGUCCCUCCCACAUCGAUUGACCAGGUCGUCUCGGACUUUGACGGGGUGACGUUCCACAUCUCGACGCCUUCGAGCAAAACGCAGAUCCUCAUCUCCCUGUCCAUCAAAUGCUACCGCGAGCUGCUGCAGUAUGGCGCCGAGCAGGUCCUGCAGCGAGAGUACGGCAACUACAUCACAAACACCGAGGCGGGCUACGACUUUAGCAUUCUGGUGGACCUGGAGAACCUGCCACCCACGGCGGAAGAGAAGGAAGAGCUGGUGCGGCGGAUCAGCCUGCUCAAGAGGAACGUCAUGGCCGCGCCGUUCGAGAAGGCCUUUGACGAGUUCGCCGGUCUGGCUGAAGAAGCGAGCAAAUACACCUCUGAAUCCGCGCCGCAGGGCGUCAAGGAAGGCGGCGACGUGAUGGCCAUCCAUUACCGCGAGGAAGAAGCCAUCUACAUCAAGGCGAGCCAUGAUCGCGUCACGGUCAUAUUCUCGACCAUGUUCACGGACGCCGUGGAUCGCAUCUUUGCAAAGGUCUUUUUGCAGGAGUUUGUCGAUGCCAGGCGGAGAGCCAUCCAGAAUGCGCCUCAGGUGCUCUUCCGCAGCGAUCCGCCGUUGGAGUUGCAGGGUCUGAGGGGCGUUGGGAAGACGGGCGAAAAGGGUGAAAUGGGCUUCAUAACAUUCGUGCUGUUCCCUCGACACCUCACCCGCCAGCGACGGGACGAGGUCAUCUCCCACAUCCAGACCUUCCGCGACUAUUUCCACUACCACAUCAAAGCCUCCAAGGCGUACAUCCACUCGAGAAUGAGACGUCGGACCGCGGAUUUCUUGCAGGUUCUCAAUCGUGCCAGACCGGAAGCCGAAGAACGCGAGAGGAAGACGGCAAGUGGUCGGACUUUCAGGGUGCAAGGCUAA